AGCAAUCCAGAGGGAGUUAUGUACCUUUCAUCCCUGACAGAAAAAUAUAAAAAAGCUUUUUGUCAGUGGUUUGGUCCUUUUCAAGCCAGACUUGCUGUUGUCCACCCAGACACAGUAAAGGGUAUCUUACAAACAGCAGAGCCAAAGCCAGGGUUUGGUGGUUACAAUUUACUUUUGGACUGGCUUGGUUGUGGUUUGCUGUUAAGCAGUGGUGAAAAAUGGAAAAGAAGUCGGCGUCUGCUGACCCAUGGCUUUCAUUUUGACGUACUCCAAAACUACGUCAAGAAGUACCAUGAGACUGCUGAAAAAUUAAUGGCCAAGUUUUCCACAGCUGCCCACCAAGGGAACAGUGUGGAUGUAAGCCCCCUGGCAAGCAUGGCUACUUUGGAAGUUAUGAUGAAUUGUGCCUUCUCAUGCAAUACAGAUUUGCUGGGCCAAGGUGAUGAUCACCCAUACCACGAUGCAGUUGUUACCUUAAGUAGGCAUGCAAUGCACAGAUUCUUUCAUCCGCAUCUCUGGUUUGAUUUUGUGUUCUAUCUGACACCUGAUGGAAAAGAAAACAAGCGUCUUUUACAUUAUGUACAUGGUGUAACUGAAAGUAUCAUUGAAAAGAGGAAAGAACAGUUGAAAUCCAAUGUUGGGGGACAAGGAAAGAAACUGGACUUUUUGGACAUACUGCUGAUGGCGAGAGAUGAAAAUGGUGUCAGGUUGUCAGAUUCAGACAUCAGAGCUGAGGCAGACACUUUCCUUUUUAGAGGCCAUGACACAACUGCCAGUGCUCUUGCAUGGACUUUGUACUCCCUGGCUAAAUAUCCAGACCACCAGAAAAAAGUUCAAGCAGAAGUUGACAAUUUGCUUGCUGAAAGAGAGAAUAAAGAAUUUACUUGGAAUGAUUUGCACAAUGGUAUGCCUUACUUGAGUGCAUUUCUGAAGGAGUCUAUGCGUAUGCACUCUCCUGUCCCUUUAAUUGCGCGUACACUGACCCAGGAGCUGACGAUUGAUGGGCAUGUUGUGCCAGUUGGAACAAAGAUUGAUAUCUGCAUCCAUCAAAUGAACCAUAACUCUGUUGUGUUCCCAGACCAUAUGGAAUUCAGACCAGAACGCUUCUUAAACACAGAUGCCAAGAAAACAGACCCCUUUUCCUUUGUUCCCUUUUCUGCAGGUCCAAGGAAUUGUAUUGGACAGAAUUUUGCUAUGAAUGAGCUGAAAGUGAUGCUGGGCAAGACUGUUCAAAGGUAACCAAAAUUAUUGUUUUCAAUAGACUUGCAGUCAUUUCAUUAUUUUUGUCUUUUCCA